UUUCGUCGUCGUGUUAGCUUACAAGGAGAAAGCUGACGAAUACAUAUACGCUAUUUUAUCUAAUAAUUUUAUGAUUGUCGUUUACUUUUAUCUGAGACCUGCAGUGAGGCAUGACAGUCUGCAUUUUAUUACAUCGUCAUGGUAUGCAACAUAACAAACUUUAGGAAGUAUACCUAAGUAUCACCUGAAAUGGAUUUAUCCUCUAAAGCCAUAUACGAUGCAUUCACGGAUGAAAUAUGGGAAGACCUGGGACCAUUGGACCCCAACUGGUUUGAUGUGCUGACAGCUGAAGCAUUCACAAAUGAUGGUUCAGAGGAUCAAGAUGACCUGUGUGCCAACCAGGAAGGCAAUUUUAAAACUCCUCAUGAUAAAACUGCUGUGGAAAGUCAGCUGUUUUCAACCCCCAAGGUUUUCAGACACAGUCGAAUUGUGUCUCCUGAAAUGGAGGAUGAUCACUCAUUCACAGCUGAAAAAGAGAAAGAAACCUUGCCAUGGACUACAACAAGCCCAUAUUUGUUUCGAAUGUCAAAAGAGAGGAUGCCAAGUGCCAGAUCUCAUGGAGUUUUGCCAACUGAGGACAGUUUAGAUUUACUUCAUACCCCACAAAAAUCUCCACAGACUGUCUUUGCCAAACGCAUAACUGAAAGCCUUGGUGCACAAAUGAACCAUGAUAUAUCCUGGACCAGUUCACUGAAUACUCCACCAGCACUGCCAUCGACUCUGAUUUUAACAAGAAAAGAAGAAGAUUCUUCCCCACUGAGUCUUUCUUCAGACAAAAAUGUUGUUAUUGUUCGGAAGCUUUUUCCUUCUCUUUCAAAUGCAUCCAGAGUUAAGGCAGUGUCACCAAAGAACAAUGUGUGCACAGUUCAAGAAGAUGGCGUUUCCCUUGAGGCUGCUCAGUAUCCAGAGCUGAAUGAGACUCUGCAGACUUCAGUGAACCAGAGCGACGGUGUUUGGAAACAGAAGCUACCAGAUGCUAUUGAGGAUGAAGAAGUUCGCAGCACAGUAGCAAGUGUUCUUGAUGGAGCUGAAAAUGCACUGUCAAUCUUCUUUACCAACAGUAGUUCAGCACUGAGAAAAGUGAAAACGGAAAGAAUUAAAAGGAGGCAAAUUAUUCCAACAAAGGAAGAUGACUCUGGCUCCAUGGAUCUCCAAAACAGUUCUGCAUCAAAUGAACAGAGAACAGCAGAUCAGGAACCUGGCAAAGUCCCAUUAUCCCCACAUGUGAAAAAAACAGCAAACACUGAGAUUGUUGGAAGUACUCAAUGGUCUCCACUGAGUCUAUCUGAAAUUCCACACAUUAGUGUGGAUACAUCAUGCCAUGUUGAUGUUACUGGCAAAUUAUCAGAUACCAACAUAUUACCUGAACAGCCACUGUCUUACUCUGAUUCUGGCAAACUGGUCAAACAGUACUUGAAAAUGACAGACUCUGGGAUUACCAAGAAAAAGAGAUGUUUUGUUUACACCGUCAAGAGUUCAAAAUUACCACAGCAAGAACAAGAAGUACAUUCUGAGAACAGUGCAUCUUCACCUGGGAUUCAUAUUAACGGACAAGAACUGAACACAGUGCAGAUCAGGAAUGUCCCUGAUGAAGCAAAGAGAUGGAGCAUCAACAAAAACAUCUCUGAAGAGAAGAAUCUGAUCCAAAAAUGUGAAAAUGUCACUGAAGAAAAUCUGCCUCCCACUGCACAUCUUGACAUGUCACAGCUUUGCAUUGCUUUUGCACAAGACUUCAGUCAAAUGUCAGACCCUGUUAAGAGGAGCUCAGUAGCAGAGGAUGCUGUUAGUAAUGACUUCUCUCCAUCAGCGUGCCUGUCAGCCUUGAAACGAGCUAAGCAGAAAACAAGGCAAGAAAGGCUUCACCGUGACUGUGAAGAUGUCAGUAACAAUGGACUAAUGUCUGCCAUUAACCAAAACAUUUCCAUCAGCGAGGGAACAAUAAGCGACAGCGGAUUCCAAUCUGCUGUAACAGAGAUAACUCACAUGACUGUAUCAUUGUCUGCUCUGCCAUGCUCAGAGAGAGAUGGUCAACAAAAGACAAACUUUCAAACUCAGAUCAAUAAAAUGUGUCAUUUCCCACCUAAGAACACCGGAAAUGGACAAGUCAGUAUCAGUGAUAGUGUACAGAAAGCUGAAAUGUGUGCAGAGCUUCCUGCUACAGUCACAGAAUGUAAGACACUGGGUUCUGAUGGAGAGAGCAAACUGAACUCAUCAAAACAACUAUCCAGCAGUGCAGGAGGAGAUGGUGGUAGAAUGAAUUGUCUUUCAAGUGAAAGAACAGUUUCACUUCCUUCUGCCCUUGCAUCAGGAUUCAAAACGGCGUCCAAUAAGGCAUUACAUAUUUCCUCUGCAAGUCUGGAGAAAGCCAAGCAUCUUUUUGAUGAAACUGGAGAUGAAAGGACUUUGACUGAUCAGCCGCCUAUUUGUAGCGGUGACAUUAAAAAUGAAUUUUCCAUAAGUAAUGGAUUGAAGAAAGAUACAACCUGUAACUCAAACAAUCCACUUUCAAAUGGAAAGCUUGAGGAUAUUAGCUGCCAUUUAACAGCCUCACAAAAAGCUGAUGUAAGAGAACUUUGUAGUCUCCUAGAGGAAGCUGACAGCCAGUUUGAAUUUACACAGUUCAAAACUACAAACCUUAACCAGCAAUGUCAAGACAAUGGAAUCUCGUCCCAAAAAGCUGACAAGGAACUUGACCCUGAUUUCCUGAAUGGUAUAGACUUUGAUGACAGCUUUAGCUCUGAUGCAGAAAAGUCCUUACCUGUGAAGAUGACCUUUGACAAAUAUCAUACAUCAGACAUCACAAGUAAACCAUCAGAUAUCAGUCUGUCAGUUGUGAUGAGCAAAGAGAAGUCUUCUACUGGAGACACUGACUUUACCUCUGAGGGCAGAGAGAGUAUGAUGAGUUUUAAUGUAGCUGGACAUGAUGAAAUGAACAAGGCAGACAAUAAAAGUUCUUCAUUGUUUUGUGAGGGAUUUAAAACUGCACGGGGAAGUGUUUUGAAAGUAUCAAAGACGUGUCUGAGCAAAGCUAGGGCUUUGUUUGCAGAUUUAGAAGCAAAUUCUGUGAUUGAUAAGAAAUUAAUAGAUGUGCCUCUUAGAAAAUCUGAGCAAAGGUGUGAUGUGGUGUUAAGCACCGGUCAGACUGAACUGAAACUCACUUCCAAUGACAAGCAUUGUGCUGUAGCAAGCAGAGAGGUCACAGGCAUUAGAGACGAUCCUGCUCCAAACAGUUUGGAGUUCAGCAAAAUAACGACAACUGCAUCUCCAAGUGGGUUCAAGAUGGCCAGUGGAAAAGGGAUUUGUAUCUCUGCAAAAGCCAUGCAAGAAGCCAAAACCCUCUUCAAAGACUGUGAUCUUGUCGAUCAGAAAAAUGGGUCGUUAGUAAAGCACAUCACUGGGAGUGAUAAGAAUAUCAUUUCAAAACCUAAAAAUGUUCAAGGAGUUAAAGAAAUUAUUUCUGAAGAUCUAGGGAAGAACAAAGGAUCCAGGAUUGAAAAUGUGACAGAUGAACAUGGUGGACACCAUGCAGAGACUCUGCAUAAUGAUGCUACGGAAAUGUACAAGGCUGGUUGUAACCAUUCUCCGGUCUUAAGACAUUCCAAUUCUCUCCAUGGAAACCCGUCUGCACCUGCAGAGCCUCUCUCUAUCCUCAUGUGCCCAGCAUCAGGGAACACAUAUUCUUCUGCUGUUGAGGAUUGGAACAAGGGCAAUGUGUUUUGGACAGCCAGUGGAAAGAAAUUAUGUGUUUCAGCUGCUGCAACAGAAAAAGCAAAGUCUCUCUUGAAUGAAGUAGAUAUUUGUGAGGAGACAAAUAAACAACCUAUACCCAAAGACAGUUUGUCAAAAACAGGAAAUCUACCCAAUCACGUUGAGAGAUUACCACCACAAAACAGCAAAUUUAAGACAGCCAGAGGCAAAGGAGUUCUAAUUUCACCUGCAUGUCUGAAAAAAGCAAAGUCUCUUUUGAGUGAAUGUGAUAAACCUGACGACAAAUCCAGUUUGAAUCAACCGUAUCCCAAACUUACAAUUAAUGGUCCACUACCAAGGAAUAGGGGAUUUCUUGCAGCUAGUGGAAAAUCAGUGGCAAUUUCGACCGAAGCCCUCCAGAAGGCCAAAGCUCUGUUUGAUGACAUCAGUUUUAAAGCUGAGACUCCAGCUGCUUCAGACACGACGGAUGCAAUGCCCGAACACGGCCAAACUAACACAGAGAAAAUUCUGAAAGGUUUCAAAACAGCAGGGGGUGCAAAAGUCUAUUUGUGUGAUGAUGGUGGUACUUCAACAAAUUCACUGCAAAGGGCAGAUGACUGUAUCAAACAGCUUGAUGUUCUUCACAGCAGUGAUAACGUUUCAGAAAAACCUCCACCUGCUGAGAGCGGGAGUGCAGGAGAGACGAGAAUGAGAAACAUUGAAAGACCUCAAAUAAAAACUUUUCAACAGACUGCCAAGGGAUGUAAUAAUAGUAUUGGUCCAGUUGUUACCCAUGAAAGGUUGCAGCAUAAUAAUGAUGUUGAAAUUACCAACUCUUCAAUUUCAACGGAUGCACCAACUUUACACAGACAGUCAUUUUUACCCCAGAGCACUGGUAGUGGAUUCUGUACAGCUAGUGGUAAAAAAGUAUCCGUAUCAGAUGAAGCAAUGACUAAGGCAAAAUUGCUAUUGAAUGAAAACCCUACAUUUGAAGAAAUAAGCACAAAAGAAAAUGCUUUACCACCGCACAACAGCAGCUUUAAGACAGCCAGUGGCAAAGGAGUUAUCAUUUCACCUGCAGCUCUGAACAAAGCAAAAUGUCUGUUGAAUGAAUGCGAUGAAACUGAGGACAAAUCCAGCAUGAAUCGAACACAUUCCAAACCUACAGUGAAUACUUUACCACCAAAGAACAGUGGAUUCCAGACAGCUGCUGGAAAAAGAGUCACGGUUUCAGUUUCGGCACUCCAAAAAGCUCAAUCCUUUCUGAGUGAAUUUAAUGCAGUUGGAGACGAAACCAGUCUGAAACAAACAUACCCCAAAGUUCCAGUUAAUGAUGCACCACCCAGGAAUAAUGGAUUUCUGUCUGCCAGAGGUAAACCAGUGGCAUUUUCUGCCGAAGCCCUCCAGAAGGCCAAAGCACUCUUUGAUGACAUGAGCUUCACUACAGAGAUGCCAGCUGCUUCAGACGUAAAGAAGAAUGAAGAAAAACUUCCCAAUCACACAAAGAAAAUACAGUGUGGCUUCACAACAGCAGGGGGAGCAAAAGUCCAUGUGCCAAAGAAACACCUUGAAAAAGUAAAGCAUCUCUGGAAAGAUUUUUUUGAUGGGCAGUGUCCUGAUUCAGAUUCAUAUGUAUUAGGCUCCAGUAAGUCUGAUCCAUCGAAAGUGAAAUAUUUAAAAGAAACCUCAAGUCUCGUCUCAGCAGGUGAGAAAGAUGGACCUACUGAAGAAAUCCACCCCCACGAGGAUGAAUCACAUUGGUCUCUGCUUGAGAUCGACUGUGCAAAUAAAGUUCCUCAAGACCCAAGUAUCUCUAGUACAAAUAAAUGUAACAUACCUGCAAGUAUGCAAGACUGUGAGAUAAACCCAACAAGCAGCAGUGAGACUCAAAAUGUGAAGGCAAAACACUCUUCAGUUGUAAACAUUCAGUCAUCUGUUUGCAAUGGCUACACUGAAACUCAGCAGAAGUUUCUUGCACAGGAAGCUCUGGACUGUACAAUGGCCUUAUUAGAGGAUGAAGGUCUGGCAGGUCAGAGUCUGACAGUGAAUUUAGAAAACAUCUCUCUUCAAAAUGGCCCAAAGACCAGUGUUAUAUCUGUAGGGGCAAAAAAGGGAACCGGGAAAAGAGCAGUGGAGGAUGCAGAUCUCACUGGUCAGCCUCCCCUGAAAAGACAGUUGUUGGAAGAGUUUGACAGAACUGUUAAUAAACCAAACAGAUCCGCUCUUCAUCCAGAAAAAAGCUGUCCAUACGGUGUAAUGAACGACAGGCGAGUUUUCAAGUACAGUGUUUCACUUCAUCCAAACAUCACAAAGAUACCCAGAAGUGGGAAGAGUCAUGUAGAGACCAAACUGCAAAAACCAACAACACAGUCAGUAGCAGAGCACACGACCCCAGCCGACAGUAGGUCAGCUCAUGUCAAGGUGUCAGCAUUUGUUCCUCCCUUCCUAAACAAUACAAAAACACAGACUCAGAAGAACAAUGUGCACAAAGACAACAGAAGAACGUCGUCUGUAUUUGUCCCUCCAUUUAAAAAACAAAGAACUGUUGUCCAAGACAGCUCCGUUAAGCCACAGAAAGACGAGGAACAACAUAACCUUGUCACUGUGACACCUUCUGACAGCAAUACUUGUGUAUUGCUUGCAAACAAGACACAAAGUAUUAUGGGUGUGGCUGACAAUAAAAGCAAAGAGGACAUUCACACACAAGGGCUGCCUGACUCUACAAACACUAAUCCUACCAAGUGUCAACACCUUCUUGGUAGCUGUGGAACAGAAAUGUCUGCAGAAAAGGCAUCAAAUGUGACAGACAUGUCAAGUAGAAGUCAAGAAAUUAUUCAGAACUUUCAGAACAUAGAGCUGGCACGAGAUAUGCAAGACAUGAGGAUCAGAAAAAAGAAGCGUCAGAACAUUCGACCUCUUCCAGGAAGCUUGUUUCUGACCAAAACCUCAAGGGUGUCAAGGAUCACAUUCACUGCAGCAGUGAAUGGAAAGCCCCCUGCAAGAUACACCCAAAAACAGUUGUAUGGACAUGGAGUUCAUCAGCAUGUAUCUGAGAUCACCAGCGAGGCGGCGGAAGCUUUUCGCUUCAAUUUACUGCAGUUCCUCAAACAGGAAGCUUUUAUAGAUGGAGGUGGUGUGCAGCUCGCUGAUGGAGGCUGGCUGAUCCCCAGCAAUGAUGGGACUGCAGGAAAAGAGGAGUUCUAUAGAGCACUGUGUGACACACCAGGGGUUGAUCCGAAACUGGCCAGUGAGGAGUGGGUGUACAACCACUACCGGUGGAUAGUGUGGAAGCUGGCGUCCAUGGAAAGAUCCUUUCCUGUGAUGAUGGGCAGCCUCUGUCUCACCCCAGAGCAGGUUCUUCUGCAGCUCAAGUACAGAUAUGAUGUCGAGGUGGACCACAGCCGCAGGCCAGCCCUGAGAAAGAUCAUGGAAAAGGAUGACACGGCUGCAAAAACCCUGGUUCUCUGUGUUUGUGGCAUCGUCUCCGGUGGUCGCUCCCCGAACAAACAGAGUCGAACAGAACCCAGGACCCCUCAGGGUGUUUCUGCCAAGCCUGAAAACUCCUCUGCAGUCUUAUGGCUCACAGAUGGAUGGUAUGCCAUCAAAGCCCAACUGGAUGACCCCCUGACUGCCAUGCUUCACAAAGGUCGACUUGCUGUGGGUGGGAAGUUGAUCAUCCAUGGGGCUCAGCUGGUGGGAUCCCAAGAUGCUUGCUCCCCUUUAGAGGCACCUGAAUCUCUAAUAUUAAAGAUCGGUGCAAAUAGCAGCAGACCCGUCCGGUGGGACACUAAACUGGGAUUCCACAGGGACCCUCGGCCGUUCCUGCUCCCUAUCUCCUCUUUGUACAGUAACGGAGGGCCAGUAGGAUGUGUGGACAUUGUCAUACUGAGAAGCUACCCCAUACAGUGGAUGGAACGCAAACCAGAUGGAGGCGUUGUGUUCCGUUCUGAACGCGCAGAAGAGAAGGAGGCAAGACGUUACAACAGCCACAAGCAGAAAGCUAUGGAGAUGGUUUUUGCGAAGAUUCAAGCUGAGUUUGAAAAUGAAGGGAAAGGAAAUAUGAAACCUCAGCGCAGAAGACGGACAGUGAGUCAUCAGGAUCUUGCAAGGCUGCAGGACGGAGAAGAGCUACAUGAAGCAUUGGGGGAUGAUGCAGCCUACAUUGAGGCUCAUUUGAGUGAAACACAGUUGGAGACUCUGCAAAGCUACAGACGUUCUCUGAUGGAGAAGAAGCAGGCAGAGCUGCAGGACCGGUACCGUCGAGCUCUGGAAGCUGCAGAGGACAGUGAAGGCAGCUGCCCAAAGAGGGACGUUACUCCUGUAUGGAGACUCAGCAUCUCAGACUCUAUGGAUCAAACAGGCAACAGUGUUUACCAGUUGAACCUCUGGCAGCCGUCCUCAGAUCUGCAGUCUUUACUGAAGGAAGGCUGUCGGUACAAAGUCUAUAACCUCACAACGUCUGAUGGGAAGAAACGUGGCGGGAGCUCAAGUGUUCAGCUCACUGCCACAAAGAAAACACAGUUCCAGGACGUACAGGCUUCUCAGGAAUGGUUAUCAGCACGUUUUCAGCCCAGAGAAUCUGUCAGUUUUGUGGAUCUUCAAAACCCAGAUUUCCAGCCACUUUGCGGAGAAGUUGAUCUCACAGGAUUCAUCAUCAGUGUCAUAGAUGAGCAAGGUUCUUCUCCUGCUUUUUACCUGGCGGAUGAGAGGCUGAACUUUGUUAAAAUUCGCUGUUUUAGCAGCUUUGCACAAUCUGGUGUAGAGGAUAUUGUGAAACCACGAGUGUUGUUGGCAUUGAGCAACCUACAGCUGAGAGGACAGUCCACGUUUCCCACUCCGGUCGUGUACGCUGGAGAUCUGACUGUCUUCUCAACAAAUCCCAAGGAAGUACAUCUGCAGAAAUCACUCAGCCAUUUUAGAGACUGUGUCCAGGCUCAAGGGAACUUCUUUGUAACGGCUGAAGAAAAGCUUUCACACAUGGUUACAUCUGAUGGUUUCAGUGCCAUCUCAUCUCCAGCUCUGCAACCUCCAACUCCUGCACCUACUACAGAGAAAAGACAGGAUGCAAAAACAAAUGUAACAUCUCAGCAGCCAAACAGAAUCCUCGGAGCAUUCACACCAGUGAGCUGGAAACCCGCUCCACCAAACAGCUCAGCAGAGAAAGAUCCAAAAAGCCUGAAGAGGAGAAGAGCUCUGGAUUAUCUGUCUCGGAUCCCAUCUCCACCACCUCUGCCUCAUCUGAGUUCAGGGACGACGCCGUGUGUAAAAAAGACAUUCAACCCCCCUCGGAGGUCUGGGACACCCAGCACUUUAAAAACUGUACAGACUCCAGCUCCCAAACCUCCUGUUUUACCUGUGGAGGACGGAUGGGUGAACGAUGAAGAACUGGCCAUGAUUGAUACACAGAAAUUGUGUGCUGGUGAUUUACCCUAGCUCAUUUAAAAAAAAAAAAAAAAAAAAAAA